CGUCAUCACGCCGCGCCCCAGCAGCGGCAGCGGCAGGGAAGAUGUCGGACGUGGUGACGGUCGGGGUGAACCUGGAGGCUUUCUCCCAGGCCAUCAGCGGCAUCCAGGCGCUGCGCUCCAGCGUCAGCCGCGUGUUCGAGUCCCUGAAGGACGGCAUGAAGAACCGCGAGAGCCUGGAGGGCCGCGAGAAGCACUUCAUCUCCGACUUCCAGGACCACCUGCAGGCCGUCAACCGGGACCUCAAUGAGUUGGAGCGUCUCAGUGGUCUGGUGGGACGUCCCUCAGAGUCUCAUCCUCUGCAUAACAGCGGCCUGCUGAGUCUGGACCCGGUCCAGGACAAGACGCCCCUGUACUCACAGCUGCUGCAGGCCUACAAGUGGUCCAACAAGCUUCAGUAUCAUGCUGGUCUAGCCUCCAGUUUGUUGAACCAGCAGUCACUCAAACGAUCAGCCAAUCAGAUGGGAGCAUCAGCCAAGAGGCGGCCCAAAGUCCAGCCCAGCACGCUGGUCCUGCCCCCACAGUAUGUGGAUGAUGUCAUCUCUCGGAUCGGCAGGAUGUUUCCUGACAUGUCCAUUGAGCUGUUCAGACCCAAUGGGACGUCUGCUGUGCUGCUGGUGACGUUGGGGAAGGUGUUGAAGGCGAUCGUCGUGAUGCGUUCACUGUUCAUCGACAGGACAAUCGUUCGGGGUUUUAACGAGAACGUUUACAACGAGGACGGAAAGCUAGACAUCUGGACCAAGUCACAGUACCAGGUGUUUCAGAAGGUAACAGACCACGCCACCACAGCUUUGCUGCACUACCAGCUGCCUCAGAUGCCUGAUGUCGUCGUUCGGUCCUUCAUGACCUGGUUGCGGAGCUACAUUAAGCUCUUCCAGUCGUCCUGUCAGCGCUGCGGCCGCUUCCUGCAGGACGGACUGCCACCAACAUGGAGGGACUUUAGGACCCUGGAGGCUUUCCAUGACACCUGCCGCAUGUAGCCGGACAGACACACAUGCACGCACACGCACACGGUUUUUUUUUUUGUUUAGUUUGUAAAGUGAGUUUUUUUUUGUUAAAUU